CAUUUCAAACCAGUAUCAGCAUCUUAAUUUGUUUUGUUUUCAUAUUCACUUAUAAUUAUUAGUGUGCAAAAAAAAUGCAAUGCCAAAUAAGUAUACACGAAACACUGAUAGAGGAACUGCUAGUGUCGAAAUCUACCAUCUGGCCUUUGAAGAGUUUAUGUUAAGAGGUAAAAGUUUAAGAGAUGCUGCCGCUUAGAUUGCUAAGCUAUAUAUGUCUUUGUCAAGAUAUACUAAGAAAAAAGAGGCUUAUCAAGCAAACCCAGAAGGCAAAGCUCCAUCUAUGGGUUAUACCUUUCCGACUAUUUUUAUAGAAGAGGAAGAGAAUGUACUAAGCGACUAUUUGUUAACAUGUGCAGCAUCUAAUUAUGGGCUGACCACGAAACUUAUAGUGUAUUUACACUCAAGAUAGAAUGGAUGCGUGAUUGCCAAAAGCAAGGACGGCGUACAGGGCCGCAUUCAGGGCUACCUCCGAAUGAUGGACUACCACCAACGUGUUGUAAAACAAAGAUGACAGUAUUUAACGAAAUUAUCUAAUAUAGUGAAGUAGUUAUAGUUAAGGGUGUCGCAAAAUCAAAUUUUUAUUCUUGAAGGGAUGCUAAGUUUUUCUACAGAUUUUUCAAAC